CUUGAAAAUUGAAAUGUAGUGACAGACGUGUCUCUACAACAAAAAUGUUUUUUCGUUACUUCUAAUGGCUACAGGCAUUUAAAAUCUCUUUUAAUUACAAUAUUUCGAUUAUGUUGAUUUCAUGUUUUAUUUUAUUUGACCAUAAUUUCAUAUUUAAACAUGGAAGAGGAGCUUAGCGAAAAUGAUUUGGAAGACCAAAUGUAUGCCAUGCUUCACUAUGUGGACGAAACUCAGACAAAUGUAAACAUUAACGAAAAGGAAAUAAAUGUCGAUGAAAAUGUACCUCGUAUAAAACGGUACUGGCGUACUAACGAUGAUCAAAAUUCUAUCUAUAAAAAAGUAAAUACCCCAAAAGAACCCGCUACAAUCAAUGAUGUUAUUGACACAGAUCAACCCAAAGCAAAAGGUGAGAAAAAUAGUCCUACUAAUUCAACGGUAGACUUAUCCAUUUUUGAACAGCCAGUAUCGGUUAAUGUUAAAAAAACCAUAGAAAUACUAGAAAAUGAGGAUGCAAACUGUAUUGUGGAACUUGAAUCUAGUGAUGAAGAUGAGGUUAUUGAGGUGGCAUUGCCUCCAAAACCAACCAUCACAAUUGACAGUUCAGAUGAAGAUGUAUGCUCUGUUUCGAAUAACUCCCCAACAAAGAUUUCAAAUAAAACAACACAAGAGAAACCCAAUGGUGAUAGAGAAAAGACGGCAAGCCCUGUUCCUUCAGUGGUAUCGUCAGUUUCAGACGAGUUUAUCAGAGGUGAUUGCAUAGCAUUGAAUAUUUCUUCAAAACAUCCUAAUAAUCAAAGUUUUGACUUUAGCCUACAUGCCUCUGAUCUAUUGGAUCAGACACCUUCAAAGAAAAAAAAGAAAAAGAGAAAUAAGGAUGCAACAUCAACCCCAAUACCUAAUAAUUCACCUAACUCAUCUACUGUCAACUCUAUAGAGGAAUGUUUUGCAACACCCAAGAGUAAAGCAAAAAAAAAGCGGCAAAGAACCAAAUCAUAUAGGGCAUCUGAAAAGAGUAUUCCAUGUGCAGAUGUUUAUGAUUCAAGUAGCAAUCAAUCAAUGAAUGAUAACAACAAAAAUCAGAGUCCCUAUAUAGUAACAGAUAAGAGCUUGCCAAAUACAGAUGUUUAUGAAUCAGAUUCAAAUCAAUCUGAAAAUAUAAAAGAAGACACACCACAAAUAACACUCUCAGUAAUCAGGGAUGAGGAAAAUUCAGACAGUAGAGUGUUAGAUAAUACUAUAACAACAACUCCUAAAACUGCCAAAAAGAGAAGCAAUGAAACUAUAAAUAAAGUUGUGAUUGUUGAUCUAACAACACCAGCUUCUACAACCAUCGAUGAAAACAUAGUAAUGGCAAAUGUCACUGGAUUUACUGAAGUUGAUGACUAUUAUGAUGAAAAUAUAGUUCCUCAAAAAGAUGUUGCAAAGUGUGGAUCAACAAAAAUACCAGAAAUAUUGAAUGCUGAUCUUGAUUUUGAUAACUUGAAAGGCAACAACAAAACAUGCAGACUACGACAGUUCUCUCUUAAUACUCUCAGGGCUGAAAUGGAAAAAUUUUAUAAUGAAAGUUGGGGUGGAGAGGAAUUUAAUCAUCGAGAAAUACAAAAAAAUAUGUCAAGAGACAAAAGUUUGUGGGUAAUAGAUCCUAAAGACAGAAAUCCAUCAAUGUCAAAACGAAAAAUCACCUGCAAUUAUUGUAACCGUGCUGGACACCGUGAUGAUACCUGUCGCAUGAAGCCACCAAUUUGUUUUAUGUGUGGCUCAGCUGGUCAUUUCGAGCCCCGAUGCCCUAGAAAAAUUUGCGUUAAUUGUGGAUCACCAAACCACUCAUAUUUUACUAUGUGUCGGAAUUGCUGCAACUGGGGUUCCAUCAAAUGUGCUGAAUGUGGGCAAAAUGGACAUCCAUCCAGCCAUUGCCCAGACAUUUGGCGACGAUACCAUAAUACUAUAAAUUUGGACUCACCACUGGUCGAGAAUCGUCAAUUAAAGGCGUAUCACCAAAUGUUUUGCAGUGGAUGUACUCGUAGUGGUCACUUGAUUCACACGUGUCGGGUGACUUUGCCAUUCUCAGGAUUACCAAUAAAUUCUCCUUAUGUGGCAGUGUACCGACCUGUUUACACUCAAAGUAACCAAAACAUUCAACACAAUAGUGAACAAAACAAACAAAUGCAUAAAAACAGAAAUGUUAUCCAAGAUAUUACCCCAUCCUGUCUUACCGCAUCGAACCAGAGGAGCGCACUACUCAAACGUCAGUCUAAAUCACCGGUGAGUCAUGACUCUCAUCAAAAUAAAAAGAGGUAUAAUAGUAUAUCCAAUGAUAACAUACCAUCUCAAGUUACGAAAAGUAUGUUGAACAAUAAUUCGCAAAGAAAAAAUUCUCAGAGCAGAGAUCAGCCACCACCUAUUAAUAAGUGCACCUUAGAACCAAUUAAAAUCGCUAAAAAAGGCGUAGAAAAUCAAAUGGUUGAAAAAGCUCCAGAUUUUAUACCAAUAACAACAGAAAAUCAUGACAAGAGGGGACAAAUCAUUCAAGACAAUGAAGUAUCGGAUACAAGUGAAGUUAUUACUUCAGCUAGAGUUAACAUUACGAAAAAAAUAGUAGAUAAGCUUAAGAUGGAUGAAGGUAAAAUGUGGUUGAACGAAAUACUUAACAAAAACAAUGUGACUCUUGAAAAUGAAGACAUAACUUUUUAUUUGAGUGUUAGAGGAACAGUUGGUAACCAGGAAGCUUUCCAAUCCGAAUUCUGGGAAGGCAUCAGAUGUAAAUAUCUUACUAAAGAACGCAUUAUGUCUGAGAGCGAAGUCGAUUUAACACAAGAACCGAAUAUCGUCCAAAACGAUUUAAGCAAUAACAUACCUAAAAAUAGGAAUAAUGUUUUGCGUAAACUGAGCAAGGCUUUCGACUCCUUGAAAAAAGAAUUAGGUGAUCCCAAAGCUAUGUAUAAGGAAUUAGUUUACCUCCAAAAUCGUCAUCAACAAUUGCUUAAUCAAAAAGUUAUUAGUCCGAAACAGCUCUCCAACAAUAGGGACAACAUUAAUAGUAUGCUACGAAAACUCAAUAUGGUACUCUUGGGUCAGGCUGGUCUCGCAGAUGGCUCUAUGCAUAUGAGUGAAUUAUAUUCAUUACAAGAAAAGUUGGCUAACUUUCGACAGAAAAAUAUACCGACAAAUCUACGGCAAGAAAUCGGAGAACACUUCCACUGUAUAUUUGCUGCCAUUCCAAGAAGCGAUUAUUCUGACCUCCUUGGUGAAUAUUAUAUCAAUAAACAAAAACCAUCCUUCAAAAGAAAGAAAUAUGACAAGUCGUUUAAAGUUAGUCCCAAAUCUAAAAAAAGUAAAAUGUUUAAUACGAUUCCAAAUUAUCAGAAGAAUAUAAAUUCUAGAAGGGAAAUAAUAUUUGAGAAUGACGAGAAUGAAUCGUCUUCAUUGAAUAGACCUGUGGUUAAGAAAACUAAAAACAAAUUAGUUUUCUACCACAGAAGACUAUUACAUUCACCAACUAAUGAUAUAAUCCUCAAAAGGAUGAGAAGUGAUCUUAUGAAAGAACUUCAUAUGAAUAUUGCUUUAUUAAGCAAUAAGAAUCAAGUUUCUUCAAAAGACUUGAAAAAGAUGAGGAAAGUUCAAGAACAAGCACAAUCGUUCUUGACUAAUGUUUAGGAUACGAGUAUAGUUUUGUGGGUCGGCGAAGUAACGUUAUCCUUUACGUCGACAUCAGAUCGCUUUAAAGUGUUAGAAGAGUCGCUACUUUAUUACAUAUAUCCCACAAGUGGAUUUUAUUUAUGUAAUGGCGGUUUUUCGUGUAGGAUGUAAGCGCACUUUCAUGGUGCAUGUGAAAAUAAACUUCUUAGUUUAAAGCA